GGAACUCGAGUGGUCUGGAGGAGUGGCAGUCGUGCUGUAAGCUGUCACCGAGCUGUUCCUUGAAGCUGUUGAAGAUGUCCCACAUACCGCCGCUAUAGCCCUACAGCAUGGACGGCAUGGUAGCCGUGGUCCGAGGAGUGGGGGACGCGGGCCUGUCCGUCACCCUGCACGACGGACACCGCCAGUAUACACUCAUCCCCAGCGCUGCCGCGGCGUGUCCGGGGCCGCCGCCCCGCUGCCCCCGGGAGCACCCCGCGGCGACCCGCAGCUGCCGGGACUCCGGCUCGCAGGCCACCGACGGACAGUAUGCCACCGUCUACCAGAUGUCGCACUGCAGCGUGGCGCCGACCUCUCCUUGCGAACUCCUCACGGAAUACCCUCCGCAGAGACGCGGCGUCAGACCAGGUGAUGACAAUCUUGUGGUGGGCAGCGGCGUGCUCGCAGGGGGGCGCAGUCCCGUCGGGAGCAGAGCCUCAGGUUCGACAGCUAACGAUGCAUUUUAUGGGUCUCCACCAAGAGAGCGCUCGUCUCAUGGGUUCAAUUCAUUCGCGAGAUCACUUCGACGUCCUCUCCCUCCGGAGCCCUCCUACGAGGUGUUAGAGAGACUGGACACUCACAGUUCAGAUAAACAUGGCAGUCUGAACAGAUCACCGUCAAGACAGCCUCAGUUUGGCACAAGCAGUUGGAGGAUAGCGCGCAGCAGCACAGCAAACCAACCCAAGUACAGAGACGAUGAGCCAACCAGAGACGGGCCCGGGGGCCACGACAGAAGCUGUAACGUUAGACGAGUGGAAAGCUUGAAGGGAGAGAAGUGUCGCCGUGCACCGAAGUCUGCCACGGUCACGUCUGAAACUCAGGCUUCAGUACAAACAAUGUCGAGGGAAGUGGAGACUGCACCAAGAAUGGAACCUUUGAAGCGGAACGUAGCAAUUCCAUUAUCCCCGCAAGCCUCAAGACAUCCUCAGGAUGCGACGCGAUGCGACCCAGUGGUCUCGGGACUACAACAAAACGUAACAAAACAAACUUUGAAGAAGUCUCGUCGUACUCCUAUAAGCGUUCAACAAAAACAAGCGGCUAAUACAGUUUUCAGGAAAUGUAAGUCUCUGGGAGACGUGGCUGUGAAAAGAGACAUUUACAAAGAUAUUCUGGAUCUGUUACAAGAAAUUGUAGCGUACUCUAAAUUUGGUGAUAUCUUAUUUAAAGACUCCAAGAAACAAUCUAACUUCAGUAAAAGUCGACGACACGAUAUGGAUAAGCACAGGAUGAUUCGCAGGACCGCUAGUUUUAAUUUGGAUUCUUUGAGCCUAGACAAUGUUCUGACCCUCGAGAGUAGAACAAACAAUUGCUUCAAGAAAUUUCCGGCUAUAGACAAGACAGAGCUAUUAACACAGUCACUAAUGGAGUUAUUACACUUAAAUGAUAACAAUAUGAAACGUAAAACUUUUCGACUCAUUGAUUAUAUGUUUGACAAUCUCAAUGAUGGUGGUCCUAGUCUGAAUGAAUUGGCUUCAUUUUGUUUAAAUAGACUGCAAAAUUUGUUUACAUUAGCUACCCUUAAUAAGGAUACUACUGAAACAAAGGAAAUUAUAAGUGAAGUAAUAAAGAAAUCUUUAGUAAAAUUUACUCAAAAAAAUAAACUGAAACUUAAAACCGCUAAUUUGGAAGACAUGACAAGCAAACUCAUUAAUAUCUGUAAGAAUAAUAACGUUGAUACAAAGAAUAAAAAUAAAGUAGAAAUAGAGAUAAUGGCGUUGAUGAUGAAAAAUGAUUUCACCAACAAUCAAGCAGCUGAGUAUACCGACCAGCUCAUAAAACAAACUUGUGAAAAAGUAUUUGAAGGACCUCCUCCAAUGUACCCCCGGAAUUAUGUAGUGUUUCAGAACACUCAAAAUUCAAUACAGGGUUUGAACGAAUCUGAUAACUUUAGUGUCGCUCCAAUAAAUGAACGGGAUAUAGACAUCAAUUUAAAAUUUUACAAGAAUCAGCUUGUGCAAGCUGUAGAGCAGUGGCUGACCAGCGUCACGGGGACCGGCCUCAGUGAGAUCUUCAGACAAGUCGCUGUUAAUGAUUUGACCGACGACAUCAUAGACAGACAUAAAUAUUUAGAAAUGAAUCCUUCUAAAAGGAAAUCUGAUGAAGAUGAACUGGAAUAUCUAAAGUUUCAAAUAUUUAAAUGGAUUCAUGAAUUGGUUGGCGAUGACAAGAUUUCUAACGCUUUGGACCAUGCAGAUGUAUUGUCUCAGACGAUUCGUAGUAUUCCAGUCCCGAUGCUGACUUUGCCACAGAACCCUGGCAACUUGAAAUCCAGUCUACCACCGUGUUGUACUGCCCAGCCUACAUCGCAUGCUGGGCCUAGUUUAUCAACACCCAAAAAUUACACGCGCGCAUUGAGCCAUAGUUUUGGCACCGACCAAUCAUCUAAUUAUGCACCCGCACCGUCCUACCCAGCACAGAACAGGAACACCCCGAAGUAUCGACGUCAGUCAAGUCCAGCAACAUUCGCUUCUGGCCCUAUGAUACACAAUGCAGGCAGUGCGGGUCGAAUGCCGAUAUAUGCUCAAGCAAUACCCGGUGGUAGUUUGGAUUAUGUUCAAAACAUUCCUCAUAAUAUGCGCAGAAUGAGUGGUUCCAGUAAUUAUGCUUCUGGGACAUUCGUUCAAAACCAACUUACUGAUUUAUCCUAUAACCAAAUUUCAUCACUAAGUCCAAAAGGUUUAGGUGGGAAUGUAAUACAAAAUCCUGUCAAUAAUAAUCUUUGGGAAGGAAGAAGAAUGCUUGGAAAUUUUCCUGCAUCUGGGGAAUCUUGGCCAUCAAAUUAUAAUCAAACAUUUGCCUCUAGACCGCGUUCUGCAAGUUUUAACCAACAACCCACACAAAGACAAUCACCCAGUCGUAGAAGAAUGAGUGGACCUGCAACUUUUGCUUCUGGGCCAAUGAAUUUAUACCCCUUGCCUGAUCAAAUGCAACAGAAUAUGUAUCCAAAUUUUUCAAAUUCUCAUGACGGUGCUCAAUACAGAAAUGCGUGUUGUAAUAUAACAAACGCGUCUCCAAAUUUACCUCUCGCGCAAAUAGAAGAUGAAUUUGAACAGUUCGUACAGAACUGGGUCAAACAAAUUCCUAUUUCUUCGUCCAAUCCACAAGAACAAGCAAUUGGUGAUAAAGCUAGAUUAGGUAUCUUUAAUGGCAUAAUGAUAGCAGUGAGCAAGCUGAAACUGGAGCCAACAAAAUUUAACAACCCCGUCUACUGUCAAGAUGUCUUAGAAGACGAAAUAGAUGGAUUACUAAGUUGUCUACCACAAACGGAGGAACUUACAAAAGCAAUGCAAACUUUAAAACCCCAGCUACUCGACAAAGCAAACAAUAUGAUAGCACAAGCAGCGAGGAAUUCAUCUUCUUACAAACAACAAUUAGUUCAGAGCAUCACAAAUCAUACUCCUUUAAUGACCAUCGAUAUGCAAGCAGAAGAUCCUGAACAACUGUACGACGACAUGCUGAAAAUGGCCAUUGCUGAUAAUUUUAUUCUUUUCACGAAAUACAACGAAGAAGAUAAGUUUCAAGCUAAUAUGUUUAAAAAGAAAGUAGCUAACCGGGUCAAUGAACUGGUCGAGAACAUUAAAAAUACCCAUGGCUUUGCUUUGUAUAAUUUAGAUUUUGAUCGAAUUAAAGAUGAAGUGAUGAAUGCCCUGACGAGAGUUCCACUUCCGACUGACGAUGAGAUGAAAGACGAAGUGGACGAAGUACUUCUAGGCAUUGACAUUGAUCACUGGUUUUCUGAUCUUCCACUUGUGCAGUCGGAAGAUAAUUACGAGUGUGUACAACAGCGUAGGCUUAGAGAUUUGUUGACGAAGAAAAUACACGAUAUUGAAAAACGUCCGAAUACGAGCGAGGAAGCAAUUGAUUUGGAAAUUAAACAAGAAACGCUGAGGGUUCUACAGAAAUUACCUCUGAGGGUCGAAACUGCCGAGCUCCAGUUCAUGGCAGGCGAACUCUUGAAUAGAUUGAAAAAUCGAAACAAAGCUGGUUUUAUGACACAAAGGAAGUCAGUAGCAUUUCAGGAUCCUCAGGGCUAUGACCAUUUCGCUCAAAACAUGGCGUAUUGCUCGAGCUACGCUGAUGCUAAUCAAGAUCAGAGCUCGUAUAUGAUAGUAGGGGGUGACAGACAUGACAGUCCAUAUCAACAGAACAUUCCCUAUGUGAAUGAGAGACGUGAGGUGACACCCGAGCAGUGGUUUACAUUGGAAGAAACUAAGGCACCACCUGGACUCCGCGAUUACCAGUCAAUUCAGGCAACUAGUCAAUUUCCGUCAUGUUGUCAGCAGACAGCAUCCGGUGCCGGCCAGCAGGAACUGAAUCAACAGAGUCAAGUACAAACAACACCAAGUUCAAACAUUCAGAGGUCUCAUCAGCUACCACCGCACUAUCAGCAAAUGAGUCAAGUUGUACCGCAACACACUCAACAUAAUACAUUGCAACAAUCGGCCAUUGACUAUCUGCAACCUCCACCACAAUUGAUCAAUAGUCAAAUUUACCAACAACAACCUCCUCCCUGCUGCCAAGUCUUGGAGGCACCAGGAACGCAAUCUAGCCAUGUUUACCCGCAAAGCCCCAAGCAAGGUGAAAUGUUUAUGCAACCCUCUCAAAUUCCUGGCCCUAGUAGCGUUACGCAACGUGGGUAUGUGGCAAGUACUCCUCAACACGAUGCUUCCGCCUCUAAUUUCCAAAAGCAAUUUGUUUCUGUUAGUCCUAAUUUUUCCAUUAACCAACAACCGAACCAGGCUACCCCAGUUCUUAAUAGCAGUCAAAUUGCCGGUCCCAGUAACCAAGAUAUGUACAGCGUGUCAAAAAGAUCUAUAAAACUAAAACCUGGACAGUUAGGCACACCUGAAGAUGUACUUGUUACAAUCCAAACUGGACCAAAGACAGAAUCUCAAGUUCCCCCCGAAACACCUGAUAUACCAGAAGCGGAUGAUAUACCAGAAGAGGUGGAACAAGCAGUCAAUGAUCAAGCGUACAUUACUCCUCAGAGUAAGGAAAUUCAACCCAAAUAUCCCCCACUGAAAAAGAAACCAACUCGUGUUAUCGACAGGCAAAAGAUAGCGUCUCUCCGAAGACGGCUAGACCUGGAAGAUCCAGAGGAAGUCGAAGAACAAGAGGAAUACAGGUGUAGAUGCUUAGAGAGAGUGUUCAGCGGUAAAAGAAGAAUGCGGGCCUGCUAUGACAUGGAAGAUUUUCCUAUGGAGAUGCAUAGGUGUAUGCCCUUUAGGUUUUAUCCGUGCUUUUACUAGAAUUUUGAAAACAUUGUUAAAAAUUUUAGAUCAUAA